UAGAGUUAGUCUACAUUUUCUCCGAGUCCGUCUUUGCAAUCGCAAUCGCAAAAGUAAUGGCCUUUUCACUCGAUCUACGUAGUUAUCUUCUUCUAAUGCUUUUGAUACUCGGAGUGCCAACAGUGUUCUCAGCCAUCGCAACUAUCACCUAUGCUACGUGCGCCCCCGGCAAUGGCCAGACAUACACAGAGUAUUGUACGAAUGCCAAAUCAACUGAUUGUUGUGACUUUUCUCUUAUGGUUUUUCCUACAUUAAUAAAAAGUGGGCGAUGUUGUUCUCGUCAAACAUGUACCUCUACAAAUCGUGUGCCCAUUGCCGAAGUUUGCUCGUAUUAUACCAAUUCGUAUUGCUGUCAGAGGUUUGACGAUCCAUACUCGAUAUGGUCCACGUGCUGUAAUUGGCUACAUAGUAGCUACCAAAAAAGCGAACGCGUCUCUAAAAGCUCUUUCAGUUCUAAAACAAGCAUGUCAAAAAUGAUGAGCAGUUACAAAAGUGAUAUAUUGAACUAUAUCAGCAGUCUUAACGAUGCAAGUCAGGCCAGUUCGAACAGCAGCUUUUGGGGUCGAUACAGCAGUUCCCGCGCCAGCCAGAGCAGCUGGGAUAGCUAUGUCAGAAGCCUGAGAGGCAACGUGGAUGACAUACGAAGAAGUAUCAGUGAUGGACAAACAAGCAGUGGAAAUGAACCUAGCGGUGGUGGCAUCACGGAAGUGGAAGGUGCCAUCUUUGCAGUAAUGGGUGUUGUCUUCCUCGUCUUGGUGAUCGUCCUGCCGAUAGUUGUUGGCGGAAAGGUGGCAGAGAAAAGAGUCAUGAAGCUACUUCAGGAGCACGCGGACAGACGGAACACCGAAGCUAUGGCAGUGCCCUAUGUCUACGUAAAUGAAGGGCAAGAACCUCACGGAUUCGACGACCAUUCACCAUAAAGACGACAUAGUGGGAAAAGGGAAAACGUCAUUUGUCCCGUUUAAGCACAUGAUUUCUAAAUUUCAACAAAUUUGUUAGUUACAUAUUUUCUUGUAACUCUCUGAACGUCGCACAUCAGGAGUGAAGAUCUCGCGGUUUUAGGGGGAAAUUAGCUGUAGUUUUGAUUGUCUAUGAUCAUCUUUGUACAAAUUAUCUUUAGAUGCAAAGCUCUACCAGUACAACUACAACUUCGAUAAAAUGUACAUAUGAACAUAUUAGAAUAUAAAAUAUUGUUUUUUGUUGUGCAGCUUUGUAGAACUGACCUUACUUCCAUCAAUGCAAUGUAUGGAUAUAAACAACUUGAAGAAGAUACUGGACAUUCGCUCCUACAAAUUGUAAUAAUACAAUUUCGAGCAAAUGAGAAUGAAUUUGUUGACACAGCUUAUUUACGAGAGACACAUCGCCUGCUCUUGCAGUAACAUCUUGUAUGUAUACAAAUUUGUAAAACGCUUCAAAUUUUGCCAAUAAAAACAUUAACAUUGCACAGUA